CGCAGCGUUGCUCCGCGGACGAACUUUUCUUCGCUUGAUUGAUAAGACACACUAAAGAGUGGGCCGACUUGCUCCAAUCACCUGAACACUGAUAUAGAAUCUUUUCCUUCCUCAAUUCGUUUCUCACGCGUGCUGCGCUCUGACUAUCUCUCUUUUGCCGUUCGCAAAGCCUUAACAGACAACAUUGUGACCAACGCAACCUUCGAACGCGGAAUAAACUUUCUUUGUACUGAUCGCGAUUCCUGCAAUCAUGGCACCCUCUGUCGUAAUUGACAACACUCCCGACUUCGACUUUCCCACCAAACCUGUUGCACAGUCCACGACAAACUCACCACGAACACUCCUACUGGCGCCCGCCUCCGUGGCCGCACAUCCCCAAGUUCUCACCCAAGUCUCACAAGCCUACGACCGCAAUGCGACCGACAUCCAGAUGCUCGACCGGCUGGCUCUAGGCCUAGUCUCUCUCCCGAAAUCAACAUACGACCUCAUUCUUCUAUUGACCGACGUUGAUGCCUCAAACCAAGCACCUCGUCCACUUCUCAACCGUGAAGUCACGGAGAAACUCGUUCAGUCACUCAAGAACGGCGGGCGUCUCCAAUCGCAAGAUGGCAGUUUCGGCCAACAGCAGUCAAGUGCGGACCAGACCGAAGCGAUUCUAGCGGGCCUGGUGGCGGAUGGUGCGAACGGAAUGGUCAAGCCAGAGACUUUUGGAAGCGAGCAGACGGUCAAAUUGAAUUUUGGAAACAGGAGGAAGCAGGCUGCGAACGGCACCGAAAAGGCACAGGCGGCGGCGGUUCCAGCCAAUGCCGUCGAGGAAAUCAACUUGGCAUCGAUUGCGAAGAAAGAGACGAACGGCUCAAAUGGUACUCAAAACGGCCCCCUGCGUUCGACGCCAGCGGGUGUCGGCUUCAUUAACAAUGACGAUGAGUUGGACGGAGGCUACGAGGACGAAGACGAGGAGAUGGAGUUUCCUAGCGACGAACAAUUGGAGAACGCCGGCCGCAUUGAUCCCGAUUCGCUCCUGUCGGAGGCCGAUCGACAGAAGCCACUCGUCAUUCCCGAAGCCUGCAAACCCAACACCAAGCGCCGACGCGCCUGCAAAGACUGCAGCUGCGGCCUUGCCGAGCGUCUCGCCGCCGAAGAUAAAGCCACUCGCGCCGAAGCCGAUGCGAACCUCGCGCGUCUGAACGCCGCCGAUCUCACCGAGGUGGAUUUCACCGUGCAGGGCAAGGUCGGUUCGUGCGGGAACUGCGCGCUGGGAGACGCCUUCCGUUGCGAUGGCUGUCCGUAUAUCGGUCUGCCGGCGUUCAAGCCCGGAGAGGAAGUCCGGUUGUUAAACAAUGAUGUGCAGCUCUGAGGGAGUGCUGCUUUCCCGUGCUGCUUUCCGAUUUUGGAGAAUUUGUUCUUGUUGCAGACUGGCGUUCGAGGGAGACAUGGUGCAAGGGUUUGGUGGGGUUUGAUUCGAUGCGCAGAGUGAAGAGCUCGCUGAGUUUGUCUUCAUUCCUCUUCAUCGCUGCAUUUUUCUGUUGUCGUUGAUUUUUCCGAAUCCGAAAAUUUAAAUUUCGAAACACCUCAUUCCUCGUUCAAGGGAGCUCUUGCGCCCUCCUCUCCGCCGUGACCUCAUGAUAUGUUUGCCCCUGUGCGCUCCU